GAGACGAUGUUCCUUUAUUUCGCGACGUGCGUCGUGAACUUGAUGAGUUUUUCGGCGACCAUAGGAUUGACGUGGACGUCUUCGGCGAUUCCCAGAUUGAAGAGGUCGGAUGAUUCGAAUCCUCUGGGUAGAGAAAUUACGGCGGACGAAGAAUCGUUGCUCGGAUCUCUGUACAUCGUUGGAUCUAUUGUCGGGCCGUUUCUGGCGAGUCCGAUCACCUCUCGUCUGGGUCGAAAGUUGACGAUGGUCAUCUUCACGUUACCAACGAUCGCCUCCUUCCUGCUGGAAGCCUUCGUCGACGAGAUGGCGCUGUAUUAUUUGGCGAGAGUGUUGGGCGGAUUGACCGGAGGUUGCAUUUACACGACGAUUCCUAUUUACGUCGCGGAGAUCAGCGAGAGCUCGAACCGUGGCGCUUUGGCCGCCUUCUUCGGGAUCUUCGGAACUCUUGGUAAUCUGUUUUCUUACGCUUUGGGCACUUACGUGGACAUCAAGAUGUUCUCGCUGAUUUCGCUGAUACCGCCGACGCUGAUGAUCGCGUGCUUGUUGGGCUGCGUUCCGGAAACGCCCUACCAUCUGGUCGCUAAGGGCGACGACGAGGAGGCGAUACGUGUGUUGCGGAAAUUCAGGGGCAAAGGGUGCGACGCGCAUGGUGAAUUGGUGCAGAUCAAGAAGGCUUUCGAAUGUAAGCAGGAACGGGUCGGAUUCGGAGAGUUGAUUCGGGAUUCGAAGAAGGCGUUGAUCAUCGCCGUCGUCGGAAGCAGUCUGCAGCAGUUCACCGGGAUCUACGCCAUCCAGAUCUACUUGCAGCCGAUCUUCGAGAUGGCUCCCGAGGGUCUCGAUCCGGGUGUAGCGACGAUCGUUAUAGGCGUCGCCAAAGUAAUCACCUUCCUGCUCACCGUGUUGACGGUGGACAGACUCGGACGUCGUCGUCUGCUGCUCACCUCCUCCAUCGGCGUCUUCGUUUCACUCGGCAGUUUGGGCACUUUCUUCCUGCUGGAAACCGAACGAGUGCCAUGGUUUCCAGUCGCUUGUUUGGUCGCCUUCGUCGUCGCCUUCAACUUCGGCAUGGGAAGCGUCCCGUUGAUCCUGCUGGGCGAACUCUUCCCGCCCAGAUUCAAAUCUCCUGCUGCCGUCCUCGCCGUCACAGUCUCCCAACUGCUCGCCUUCCUCAUCACCUUCGCCUUUCCCCUCCUGAUCCGCUCCAUCGGGAUCGGCUCCUGCUUCUGGAUCUUCGCGGCGAGCGGUUUGAUCUGCUUCGCCUUCACCUACGCCCUCAUCCCCGAGACCAAAGGGAAAACACUGCUGCAGAUCCAAGAACUGCUGCAUCCCGAAAAGAAAACCAUCACUUAAUCGCAAACUAAAACAGAAGAAGUA